GCAGAGUGAUGUGUGUUGUGAGUGGUGCACGUGAUAGAGCUUGGCACGUGUCUGCCAUCACCUCCUUGGCCCACUACUACAGUGUCACUCAGUUCAGGGUGCGGUGAGACGCUCCACCUGUCACCUGUGCUGUCGUGCUGCCAUCAGAGUGAGUGAUCACAGGAUGCCGGUAGGAGAGGCACACAUCCACUCACCAUGCUGAUGGACCAGGAGCCAGUGAGCAUAUUUUCCCCAUGGGCUUCAUACGACCUUGGCACCUCUCUACUCAACAAACAAAGUUGUCGUGGAAGGACAGGAAGUUUAGAGAAGGGCAGUGGAGCUGGUGGCGGAGGCGAUGGCGGUGGCGGUGGUGGAGGCAGUCUGGGUGGGAGUCGGCUGGUGGAUGCACUCAUUUCCAGUGUGCUGGACGAGACAGACCAGCUCGGCCUGGCACACCUUCAGGACAAACCAGAGAAUGGUAGCAUUGGCAGCUCACGGCUCCUGGGGAGGGAGACAGGAGGUGAUGGGGUGCUGUGGGGGGUUGGUGGCAGCAGCAGCAAUGGUGGCUUGGGACGCGGGAACCACUCAGAUGAUUUCUUCUCGGCCCCAGUCCAUCCCCAGACCCAGACAGACUUCAUGAACUAUUUGUUUGACUCAGCACUGCAGGAGGAAGAGACCAGCUUGCAAGGAAACUACGGAGAAUUUUUCCGUGAGCGAGAAUUGAGUGGCAGUUCCCGGGAUUCUGGGUAUGGCUCAUUCCUUGGGGUGGGAGGUUCGGGGUCCCCACCUGGCAUGUCCUGUGGCAGCCAAGCUUCCCUAUGUGACCUGCGCAAGGGGCCGCCUGAUGCACUCCCCCUCCAAGCCAAUGGCCGCAUCAGCCAUGACUUUGACCAACUCACCAGUGAGUUAAACGCUCAUAAGAACUUCCUGGACAACCUACAUCGUCUCAACCAGUUGAAUGGGGGCAGCUCCCCAGGGCUCCCUCUCCUCACACCUCUGGGGGACCUAGACCCCCUCCUGGCUGGGUCUGAUCUAGGAGACACCUCCACCCUGGGGUUAAGUCAGCUUCUCCCACCCACAAGGGACCUUCCCCAUGAUCUCCUGCCUCCUUCUUCAACACCCACUUCCAGUGGUCCAUUCUCCAUGUCCUCCCUGGGGGUCAAGUCAACCCUGGGCAUUGACAUGAUGCGUGGUCAGCCUCCCACGGUCUCAGGGUCAGGGCCGCCAGUCCAGUCCACACACCAGACCAAUGGUCUUGGUGACAAGGGACAACAGAUUGCCAAUCUCCUCAGUGGGAUGAACAUCAACGAUGCCUCCUCCCAGGCCGGCGUGGGUCCCCUUAGCAGUCACCACCUGGGGGCCCUUGCCGCCCUAUGUGCGCCCAAUCUCUCUGCCUCAGCAGCUAACCAAGUAAACUCGGGUAACCUCAAUGGCCACGCCCUUUCCAGCAGACCUCAGUCAUCACCAAAGUACCUAAAUUCUCAGCCAUGUAUCUCUACCAACGGGGAAAUCUCUCCCAGCAUGAUGAGGAAGCCGCGCCCUGAUGAUGAGCGCAGUGUGCCCCUAUGUCUGGGCUCCCAGCCUGGCAGUCAGGGCUCCCCACCUGGGUCCAGGAUGCCAGACCAACUUGUGGGACCCUCCAAGGAUGGCCCAGGGCACUGUGGGCCUGUGGGGCCAAAGGGGCCAUUCCUGGUGCCUCCACCAACAUUCCCCCCAGCUGAUGGUGUGCCCCCCUGGGAACUUAUUCCCCCUGUGACAGAGGUCUUUCCUCCACAUGGACCUCCCCCUCCUCUUCUUCCCCCAAACACAGAUCUCCUCCCUCCAUUUGCUGACCUUCCUCCUCACCCCCUCCUCUCCAUACCACCACCACUGCUGGGGUUCAGACCAUUCAGGCGCUCGGGUGGAAGUAGUGAACUUCACUCGCGGCUGGAGGAAUGCUACGACCAGUUUCGCCAACUGGAGAGAGAACGAAAGAAAACAGAGGCCGAGCUGGCCCGCUGUUUCCCUGGGAAGAGAGUGUCCUCAGCUAACACGGUGCCACUUCCCCGCCUACCUCCUUCGCCCUCACGCGUUGACCGCCUCAUCAUCGAUCACCUGAGGGAGCAUGCCAGGGUGGUGACCCUGAUUGGCAAGAUGGAGCGGCUGCGUGGGUCAUCCCUGCAGUCGGGCAUCCACCGUUCAGUGGCCCAGUGGCAUGAGGCCGUCACCAGUGUGCAGGAGAAGAGGCGGGACGAGGUGGUGAAUGCCAUCACACAACGCCACAACCCUCUGCCCAACGGUCACAGCACCAGCGAGCAAGACCUCAUGGCUCUGGCAGCUGCAAUGGGGACCCUCGCCAAUGCUAGCCGUGGUGCCCGCACUGCCAUGUUCUGCGCUCUGACCCUCACCACACACUACAGUAUGGAGCCCAGCCUCGCCUCAGCUUCCGCCCUGCCUCCCAACCUCCUGCCCGAGUCAUGUUCCUCUGCUGCCUCUCUUUCUCCUGAAGCAACCCCAGAGCCUUCACAGCUGUCCCCAGCUGCCUCCUCUUCUUCAUCAGCCUCAUCCUCAUCCUUGUCUUGCACUGCUGCUGCAUCCUCAUCUAUUUCUUCAUCUUCAGUGUCAUCUUCCUCUCCAUCCUCCUCCUCUUCCCCCUCCUCCUCUUCAUCCCCAGCAUCUUCUGUGCCUCCAACACUGACUCUGUCCUCUACCACAGAAGCUUCACAUGUUGCUUCUUGUCCUUCCACCACUUCUACAUCCUCUCCUCCUCCUGCAUCUCCUUCUCCUUCCUCCUCUCCUUCCUCAUCUCCAUCAGCUUCAUCUACCCCCUCCUCCUCUUCCUCUUCAUCCACCUCCUCCUCCUCCGUGACUCCGGCACCAGUCAUCUCCGAGGAUGGCCCUGUGGUGACUGCCAGUGAGAAGAGUGAGACACCACCCACUCCCACCACCACAUGUGACACCAUUACCACCACCACCACAGCCACUGACGACCAGGUGUGUAUUGGCACCUCCCCCAGCUCACCACCGCCUCCACCGCCACACACCACGGCAGCCUCCACCCCCACUACAACACCCUCCACCACUACCUCCCCUCCUGUGCCCUAAUGUCUCACAAGUAAGUGGUAGUAGAACAAGGUGAGAAUCAUGAAAACCUUUAAUUUAUGUAUUAACUAUUUGAUAAAAUGUUAUUUGGUUGCUGUGACUUCAAAUUGUAUGAAAUGCAAUUUGUUAGUACAAUAUAAUGAUGAUUACAACAACUAGAAACAGGUACUUAAAUCAAAUUUAUUAUUUUAUAAAAGAUCAAGAUUGAAACCUUGAAGUAAUACUGUAACAUAUUGAUGUGUGUGAUGUAAAGUUUUGAUAACGCGAGUUGGAACAAUUUAGAGUCGUUUAGUGUUACUGACAUGAUCAUGGUUAUGGUCCAAAGAACCAGUGUUGAGCAUCAAAAUGCCAGUCAAUAAUGUUUGGGGUAAUGAGUCAUGAUUUACCAUGCUUCAAGAUGUAUGUAUGUCCAUUGAUGGUUAAUGUUGCUAUGUUAAGGAUGAACAAAAGAUUAUUGCUGUUAACUAGUAGCCCAAGAUCUAUAUUUGUAUGACAUAUAUGGAGUAUAUACAGUAUGCAUGGAUAUAUUUGUGUACAAAACACAUGCACAUAAAUAUAUGAAUACAUACAUGGAUACAUAACUUCAUACAUAGAUAUUACUAUUUAAUAUUAUGGAUGGGUAGAAGCACAAUUCAUGGUUAGACUUCCUGUCUUGGAACUAGCUAAUACCCAGCCCAUCAGCUAGCUGUUGGUCAGGUCUCUCACAUGCUACUGCAAUGAAUACUUACUCAAAUUUUUAUACCACACUUCAUGUUAAUGUAAUUUUACCCUAAAUUUCAAGAGUGGGUCAAUAUGCAUGCAUCAAAUUAGGGUUACCUAAAAUUUUUACAUGGGUGCUAAUUUUUUUGGUCAAUUGUGCAUGACUUGAAGCAAAGUGAAAUGAUGGGUGACUUUUGUCCUAGGAGAUAAUUUGUUGCAAGGCUUGAGGGAGACACUGAAGCUUAUGACAAACUCACAAGUGAUUGUGCCAACCAGGGCUCAUUGGCUCUCAGAAGCUUGCUCAUCAGUUCAUAUCUCUUCUCACAGUUCAAGUGGAGAGCAAUAUAGAGUAUGAUUUUUGCAUCUGCUGUAGGAUUUCUAUCACAUUUCAGUUAAUAUAUAUGGAGUAAUUUAUAUUUUUUGCACUUUAUAUAGUGAUGCUAACAAUACAAGGACCCUGUGAAUUCAGAUUGUGUAGUACCUUAGGUUUUCUUCCUUUUUUAUGUUUUAAGAAGGGUUCUCUCAGUGUUUCAUUAUGUUUGUGGAAACGUCUCCAUGAAAGACGACAAAGAUGUACCCCACUGAUUGGCAGACACAUUGAAUCUUCACUUAUCUCGUUUGACUGCUAGUAAGACGACGUGUCUCUCAUAAUGGCCUUUCCGGAUAAUUUAGCUUAGUUCUUGUUGGGCUGGGUAGCUCAUUGUCACCCUUUAGGGCACACUGAAACACAUGUAUUGGGGAACCUCUCCAAGGGUCUGUGGACAGGGAUGCACCCUUUGAAGUAUUAUUAUUACUAUUAUUUAUUUAUUUAUUUAUCAUUAUUUUUUUUCAUUGCAUGUAGGUAGGCUCAGAUGUUAUUGAUGAUCCUUUCAGUUUGUGUCCACAGGCUCAUGUUUUAUGUAUAUUUGUCACUUAUGGUGUAUAUCAUAUUUUUCAAAAGCUUUGCCAGUGUUGCAGCAAUAACUAGGCUCAGAUUAGUCUCAGCAUGGGUUCAGCAUAACUUAUUGGCAGCUGUAUUUCAUGCAUUAUACAUUCAUGCAUUAUGAAUAUUAAGUUUGAUCAAAAAAACUUGAAGUCACCAUUUGGGACUCAACAAGUUUGAAAGGCACUACAUAUGCCAGAAGCAAAAACUAAGGUGCAGAUAAAGCACUUCAUACUUCAUCAAUCUCAUUAACACCAAUCUGACAAAAAAGAUAAAAAAAAAGAUAUAGAGGCUUUCAGAUUAAACUCGGCAUGCAACUACUGACCAGAGGCGAGGCGAUGGCGUGUCCUCACCCCUCCCUCUCUCUCUCUCAGACGCCCAAGCAUGCCGCUGCCCCUUGCUGGUGACGAGCAAAACUAGGCUUCUUCAGAAAGGGUUGUAGCUUAACUCACUGUGAUAACUAUUGCAUGGUAAUGUGAUUCUGUAUUACUUAUUAAUCCUUUGAUAUGGAGGCAAUCUCUGGAAGACUGUUUAGAAGUGGGUACAAGUGUGCUUCUUAGGGGAGGGGGAAGGUGUCUCAUAUUGUCAUGAUGGUUGAACAAGUAUCUAGUUGCCUACUUCCCAGUGCUCUGCCAUAUCAACCAUUUGUACACCAUGGCGGCCUUUACUUGGCCCAUACCCCAUUACUCUUCUUUUUCAUCUGGAACACACUAGGUAAUAUUAAGUAAGGAUGAUAAAUAAUCCCAGUUUUUUAUCAUCUACAUAGAGAUAACUUUUUUUGCUUUUGUGUAGCACUCAGUUGACAGUUGCUAUUGUUGUUCUGCCUGGAGAGGACGUGCCAAUUACUCCCAGACUCUCACAGUGUCAUCGCGUUGUUGAUGGACAUCCGUUGGCCUUUCUGUUUUGCAACGUAGCAUUUAGACGGUUUUGAUUGACCGGUCUGACUUCAGUUACCCGUGUUUUCCUUUUUAAUUCAGCUUUAUUUGUUCAUCAUUUUCUUUCUCUGGAAAUUUUUACUGGGUUCAUAUUUAUACGGCUUGUUGAUGUUCUAGUCUGUCACAAGGUACAUUAUCAUUCUUAUUAUUGUCAAUCAUUAUUAUUAUUAUUAUUGCUCUAUUAUUCUCAUUACUUAUUUUUAUAACUAACAUAUGAUUAUUUAUUCAUAAUUUCUGUGGUGGAUAUUGCUGUGCUUCUCCUAGGAAUUGGUGUAUGGUGUUAGCCUUGCUGUGCUAGGUGAGGCUGUAGGCUGUGGCAGAAGUGAGGUGUGGAUAAACUCCUAACUCAUUGGAGGAGGAGGAAGAGGAGGAGGAGGAGGCGGCAAAGAUGAGGGAGGAGGAGGAGUAGGAGGAGUAGGAGGUGAAGACAAAGGAGCAGGAGGAGAAGGAGGAGGAGUCAUAGGAGGCUAAGAGUAUUGUGCUGUCACAAGGAGGUUCUCAUUGCCCAAGAUUGUGGGCAUCACCUUGAAUGAGCUGGAUUUUGUUUGCUUUGUAUGGAUGUCUUUUUGGGGGUACAGGGAUAUAUCUAUUUUAAGUGGAUGCAUUUACCAACAUGCUUAUUUUUAUUGAAUAUAAUUUUUUUGUUGUGUGUGUGCUUACCUCCAUAGUAUUUGGAAGUGUGUGUCAUCUUUAGUAAUGUAGAUUUUUGUGCCUUUCAUUCCUUGAUUAGUUGACAAAGUUGUGGAAUUUUUGUUGACUACUGCAACUAAAGGGGAACCUAGACUGGGCUUGUGCUGGUUCAUGUGCAGCUCAGUCACUCUUUGCACUGUUGUGUGUUCGUGGCGUUAAGUGUGUGUUUUGGGCAUACUCAGGUUUGUGUUUAGAACUUUCUUGUUAAACUGCAGUGCUUUCUCUCACUCAAGCUCUUUUCCUCCCCCUAUUUUUACUUUCUCUCUUCCUCUCCAUUUUUUUUUUUAUAGCUUCUGGCAAGAUAUUCAGUGUUUGAUGCCUUACAUAUAUUACAAAACCUAUUGUUGGAUAAAGCACACCUUAACCAGAUCCGAGAGAGAGACUUGUGCUCUGUGAUUGCGUUGUUCCCUGUGCCUCACCCCUGAAGGAAGCUGCUGAUCCUGAAACAUUUUGCAAAACUGCAUCAUGUUCAUUCCUCCUCAUGGGCUCAUGUUGUCUUAUCACAAAGGAAAUUUAUUAUUGUUUUUAUUAUGAAGGAAUGAACCUCAGUGCAUUUUUUAAUCAGAUGAGAAUUUUAUGUAUUCUCAGGCUCUGCCUAAGUCUUAUGUUGAUGAGGAUGUUUUCUUAAGUGUUGUUUUAAAAGGCGGUUAUGUUUCUGUGCAACAAACAGCCUGCUGAGGGGUGCGGGGCAGGCUGGUGCUGCCCGCCGGGAGGUGGAAGGGUGCGGGGAAGUUACUGGGCUGUGUUAUGUGUGUAUCGAGAUACGUAACUAUCAUCUGUACAGCAUCAAGAGUUUUCACGUUUUUACUGCCCAUGAAUAAUUAGUGAUGACCAACAAGUGCAUGUUCGUGUUACUGUACAAUAGUAAAAAUUUUGUUCUGUGGAUGGCUAGAUGUUAGGCUCAGGUGAGGCGUAUUGAGGCUGUGUGAUGGAAAUAGAGCUUCGUGAGCUGUUACUUUGAUGGAAAUUUAGAACCUUCUUAACGGCUUCAUAACCAAAGCAGUAACAUUAGUAAUCAUAGUUUUGCAUUGUGUAUGUGAUCAGUAGAAUUUUUUUUUCUUCUUUUUUUCCCCCUCACACAAAGGAAGAUCUUCAUGAUGACUAGCUGAGGCUGAGGAUGUAAAUUAGUCUGUUGAUCUGUUCUGUGUGUGAACUUUCUGUGUUUGGUUCAUAGUUUGCAGAACCAGCAAUCCACAGGGUGGGUGAACCAGCAUAUCUCAGGGUCUUUGUUUGCUCCUAGAAGUCUUAUGCUGAGUGAAUAUAAUAAAAUAAUAAUCCAUAAUAGUGUUAGCAAUUUUUUUUUAUUAUUUUUAUUUAUGCAAGUGUUAACUGCUAUUUACCUCAAGGUUUACAUUUAGCAUUAUAUAAAUAUAUAUACAUCUCAAGUCCACCAGUUCACAGGGCAGUUGGAAGUCUCUCUCACCAGUAUUGGUAUCAGUCGUAACAAGCAGCAAUGAGGCAAUUAGCAACCAUGCGCUUUGGGUAGGCAUUCUGCCCAGGGAGGGAACUUAAUUGCUCUGUGAAGGGACAUUCUUUUGAGCACUGGUUAGUCACUGACGUGUAGAACUUUUUGAAGACAUUUUCUGAGUAAUUUACUGUUGAAAUUGCUCACACUUUCAAAGGAGGGGUGCCAUCCAGGGCUGCUAUUAUCAAGACUUGUCGACUGUCUCACUGUGGAGGUGACUCAGAAUCACGAUACCUUUAUUAUUUGGACUCUUUACACAGACCAUUGCCUAACUACUAAACUCUAAAGGCUACAUUUUAUGGAAGACUUGAAUGACUACCAUAAGGUUGAAAUCCAUAACCUUAAGUGUGUUAAAUAAAGCCUUGUGGGUGGGGGUUGCAUUCUGUUUAAAGAGAGAAUUAGAUGUCAUACAUGUUGGUUGUAAUGAAGUCCUUGCAGUGGGCUGAGGGCAUCAGUGGUGAACACAAGUCAGCAAACACAAAGCAUGAGGUCCUGCCCUGGACAAAACACCCCUCUGUGUAUACUUACUUGGGGAUAGGGAGCACAUGGUAAUUCAUUUGUAUGUAUAUAGGAUUUUUAAAUUAUUGUUAUUUUGCCAUAAGGAAGUAUUACUAUCUAUAUAAAUAUUUAUCAUAUCUUGUAUAAUAUGCUAUUUAGGAUAUGCAAUGCUGAUGUAACACUAAAACAUGACAAUACUUGAAGAUGCCUAUCAUCACUGCAUUCUGGCUGGACCAAACUGUGGGUCUCUCAAGGUCUGCCUGUCACAACUCUAGUAUGUGUCACUUUCAUAAAGCCACCCAGGGUUAGUGUUUUGUUGUCACUAGGAGAGUCUGAUCAUGACAAUCAACCUGGUCCAUAUAGAUACAUGUUUGGAAGGGUGACCUGCUGAGUGUUAGGAGGCCCCGCCAUAGAACACAUUCAAACAUAUGAAGAAAACAGUGAAGAAAUUCUAUGAUUCGCACAGGUGUCCUCUUUCUGAUUGACCUUGUCGCUGGUAGUCUCUGUGAACCCAAAAUUAGGGUGUAUAUGCACGAUUUGCUCAAAUUUAUUAUUGUCGUUAUUGCCUGUUUUACAAGGCUGAAAGGAAUUGAUAUGCAUUAGUGAUCUGUGUAGCUUAGAAGGAAAUUGUCAAAUGGAUAUUUGUUUAUAAUUUGCUAGAGCCACCAUUUUAUUUUUGUUAGGUGAAUAUAUUUAUACCUUGUGGUAAGCACUGUAUGUCUAUUAUUGCUGUACCAGCACUGGAAGCAAUGCACUGAAUGUUUCCAGCCCAGAUACUGAAAUGCCCUUCUCCCUGAGCAUGCUGCACCACCACACACGUCUCAGUGGGUGUGUUGUCAAACAAGUCUCAGUUGGUUUACAUAUAAACAAAAAAAUACAAAAAAUACAAAAAAAAAAAUCAGGAUAAGGGCUAAAUUACAUAAAUAUAAUGUAUUUCAUCUGAGAUAUCUGUAAGCUAUUAGUUAUUUGGUGCUCACCUUUAAUUAUUAAUACACUUAUUAAAUAUUAGAUUAGCCUGGAGCUUGUGCUGCUCACUGUGUCACCAACACUUGGUUUGAAGCAAUCCCAGUGAGGAACACUGAUUGUGAUUUAAUGCUGUGGGUAUUUACCUGUAUUGUGAGAGCAUUUCAAAAUAUUAUGCAUUAUUAUUAGUAAGCACUAGCUAUGUAUGAUUAAGAAUCAUUGAUUCCUACUUUUUCUGUGUUAUGAAAAGAGAAAUACUCUAUUGACCUCUGCUGUAUACCAAACCAGUUGUUCCAGUUGUUGGUCUUGUUCUUUUUGCUGCCCCUGUGAAAGAUUGGGACAAGCAAAUUAUAAAUUUGAGCCACCUAUGGCAGCCCAUUUUGAUGGUUUUAAAAUUAAGCUUCUACAUUCUUUUCUUAGGACAGUUGUGUGGCUCACUAGCUGUGUUUUAUUUGAUGUUUAGCUAAUGCACUAUAUGAUACCUGCCUUACUCUGAAAUAUUUAACCAAACCUGCUGAUGUUCUUACUACAUUUAUUCCACCAAAUAGGAGCUUAGAUUAUGUGUAUUGUGCUAAGCUGAAGGUUUUAUUCAGUUUUUAUUCGUUUACACAGGAUGGCACAAUACAGUUAAAUUUACGGCCUGUCAAAUUUGAAGAUGUGUAGCAAAAUUAAGUUAGCAUUUUGAUUUUUAUAGUUUAGCGUAAUUUUCUGACAACACACAAAAAUAAUUGGCAGGGGAUUGUCAUUGUACAUCAGAAUUGGUUGUGGGUACUUAGGCUCUGUAUGCCAAUAUGCUGGUGAUGCAUUGCCUUAACAUAUGUUGGAUCUGCACUGACCCAUAGGUGAUACACUGCCACGCUUGUGCUAGCUUUGUACCCUGACCAAUGGCAAUUCCUGGCCACAUAUGUUGGCUCUGCAUGGUGACCAGCUGGUGAUACAUUGCUGUAACACACAUGCAGGCUCUGUACAUCAACCCAUUGGUAGUACAUUGCCGUAACACACAUAUACAUACAUGCUUAUACAGUAUAUUUUCUCAUCCACAAAGAUGUAGAGGAACUGCAAGAAACACAGUAUUUUGUCAGGGUCAAUGUUGUAGACAUAAUAGCUGAAUAAUAAUGAUAAUAGGCGAUUACCAAUGCAAGGGAGACAUGUCUUUAUCUGGCUUGGAAUGCUAUGGUUGUGACAAUUUUUCACACUGCUCUACCUGGCAGCACCAUCUCUGAGAAACGUUAGUCUUUGGUUCUCGUUGCCUGAAUGUGGUGGCCAUGGGUGGUAUCUCAGUCAACCGGUUCCUUGUCUUGCCAAACAAGAUAGUACAGGGAGUCCUCAUUACUUGAAUGCCACUAAAUCAGUCUUGUGUUCAUGAAUGGAUUUCCCUCUCUUUUAAAUCUGAUGUUUGGAAGAUGCUAUGCAAUUCUUUGAGCAGAAUCUAUAGCAAGAUAUAAGGAUGACAACGUAAUUUCUCUUUCUGCAAACUCUUAAUGAAUGGUAUUUCUCUCUCUCUCUCUCUCUCUCUCUCUCUCUCUCUCUCUCUCUCUCUCUCUCUCUCUCUCUCUCUCUCUCUCUCUCUCUCUCUCUCUCUCUCUCUCUCUCUCUCUCUCUCUCUCUCUCUCUCUCUCUCUCUCUCUCUCUCUCUCUUAGUGAAAACCAGAUAGUGAUUUGUUUGAUGUUGUCUUUCAUAUGCAUGCAAGAAACUACAUAAAUUUUUUAAUUCUUUGUAUUAUUGUCAGUUUUCAUGUUGUAUCAAUAUGUUACAAGAAAAAUGAGUAUUCCUUGUGCUUAAAUAUGCCAGAAAGUAUUGAAUCUGGCAGCUAAUGCUAUUGAUAUUGGAAGUGCUAAUUACCGUCGUGCAAAAAAAACCUAAACCCGUGUUCCACAUUCCGGUGAUAUUUCUUAGUCAUUGUAACCAUAUCAGGUUUAGAUAGAACUGUAUUCCGUGGCAUUUCAAAUUGUGACUUCUCUUGCAUACAUUAGCGACCAAGAGGCAAAUGAUUUGGCUGUAGCCCCUUGAAGACAUGGCAGUUGGUCUCACAGUAAUGUCAGUUGCCUGCAGCGGUGACACUCGGCUCACGGUCAGGUUCUCUUCUGCUUGUGUCAUUUAGUUUUUGUUCUUUCCCGCGCUGCUCCUUUCACUGACUCGAACUGAGAUGGUGCUACCAAAUUAUUGUUUUUACUACAUGUACUGCUAGUCUGUCUUACAUAUAUCACUGCUCUCUGUCUUUCUCUGUCUCUGCCUAUCUCUUUGUCAAUCUUUUCUCUCUCUUAUGCCAACUUACAUUUACUGCUUUACCGUCCAAUGAAGAAGAAUGCUUCACUUGAUCCACGAUACAUAAUAUGACCCAAAGUUAACUAAAAUAUUCCUUGAGAAAAUAGUAAUAAUGAUGAAGCCAGUAUUAGAGGAAGUGACUCAGUUCUUACGGGGCUUCAGGUAUAUAGCUUACAAAGAUUUCAAGUUGUCACCAUUGCUGUUUUUACUUUGUUGCCAGCAAACACCUAUUAUUCAAUAUUUUUUAUCCAAGUUUAUAACCUCAGCAUACCAAAUAAACUAAACAUAUAUUAGAAUUAGAUGCCAUACUAUGGAGCUUAAUGUUCAAUUCUAUUCUGUAUUGCUGCCAUUUUCUAGCCCAAUAAGAAAGUAUUAAAUACUCUACACUUCUAAGUCCAGUAAGGUUAUAUAUAGGUGAUGGAAGGAAUCCCUUGAAUUUGCUACAUAUUAACAUGUCAGUAAUACAAUAUGUGAUGAACCUAUCCAUAUUAUGAUGCAUGGGACUUGUAGAUUCUGAAUUCAGUAAUAAUGUUAGAGAUCGUGAUUUAUAUUGUUUUACAUAACUAGAAUUUGCCGGUGAUGUCACACUCUGCUUGCUAGUUCCUUAUGGUGGCCGCUUCCCCCCAUUACACUUAACUGUGGCCUUGUGUGUCAAAUGUUGGUAGCUCUCAGAAUCUUGGGAUGUGUUGCCUCCCCUCACUGUGACCCUGGGAGUGCCACACACCCUGGUGAAGGCACUCUGGGCACUGAUGCCUCUAGACCCUGCCACUGUCUGCUGGGGCCCACAUGUUAUAACAAGAGCCUUACUGCAGGUCUGUAAUUGAGUGCAUAUGUUAUGUAUCUUAAAGGAUGCCAAAGAUUUGCUGUUAUUGGUGUCUGUGUCAUAGUGGAUGUCUUCUUGACUGUUCAUGUCAAUGGUUGUUUCAUAUCUCCCAUCGUUUAGAAACUAUGGAACUGUAGGUCUUCCCAAAACGAGAUGAUAGAAGUCACAUAUGAGUUUUGCCUUUGUCCCAGCAAGGUAUUUUUUCAUGAAGUCAAAUUCUGAGGUAUUGUCUUACUCUUCCAGUUACAUACUUAUCAUACUCAUGUUCUGAAUAUACCUUUGGGCCAUUACAAAGGGAUGUGGCAGUGCACAUUUCCUAACCUCUCAAAUGGUAUGCCCAAUAAUAGCAAGUAGCUGUCUUUUCCUGUAUGGUAAGCAGUCACUUUAGAUAAUGGCAUUAGUUGUUAUUCCACAAAGUUGUUAAGGAUAGUUCUUUCUUGUGUGAUCAGGUAUUAUAAUAUAGGACUACUUGAGAGAAACUGUAGAUAUAGUGGAAGCACCAAGCGUUCUCACAACCUUGGUCAUGCAAAUGGGUCAAUACUUCACUCCUGCACCAGCUGCUGUUAAUGAGAGAUAUACAACUUAAAAGUGUAAUCGAGCAGUUCCAAAAUACAUAUCAUUGAUCACUGAGAUCUUGAGCCAGUGAUAGUGAUUGACCAUUAUCAUCAGUUAUUCUCCUCUAUACUCGGUUUUAAGAUUAAGUUAGAGUUACAUGAUUUCUGAGACAGUGUAGUUGUUCUCGAAACAGCUAAGCUUGUAUGAUUACCAAUAGGGAUAUGAGUUGGUUUUCUGUUUUGUGUUUAAACAGUUUUAAGUUUGUUAUUAUUUUGAGAAUAGUUAAUAUGCAUAUUUAGAGUGUGAAUAGAAGGCUGUUCUGUGAAUGCUUACAAGUAGGAGCUGUUGGAUAAAAUGAGACGAGAUUGAACCAUGUGGUUGUUUGGGAGUAUUUCUUGGUCUCUAGAGGGUAGUGAUGGAAAAUCAAAUAGACACAAUUUAUAGUAAUAACCCAAUACUGCUUUGAUCUGUGGCCAUUGGCACUCAUGAUGUCAGGAGCUUUAUUGGGUGGUAGCAUUUUCAUGGUGCACAAACAGGAAGGCAUGCAGGAGAGUAUUUUUAUGAGAUCAGCAUUUAUGUGCCUUAUGCAGGACGUAUGAGACACACCUUUCUUUGUAAGCAGUGAUGCGAGUCGUAUUGCACUCCACUAAGGCACAAAACUGCUGUUCUGGACACAUGCUACCUGUGGCCCAUUCCAUCUCCUCUCAUGAUUGGUGUUUCUUCCAGUUUCCUUCCUUAACAAAAAAAAUAAUUGAGUGAUAUUAUGGUGGAAUUUAAAGUUAUACAUGAAUGUGCUUUUCAUUAUAGCUAUAUUUAGCCAUGUAGACAUUGUAUGAUUAUAAGUUGAUGAGUGCAAUGAAGUGUCAUUCAUGGAACAUCUAAAAAUUUUUUAUAUUGCUCCAAACUGGUAGCAAAUUUCCAUUUAUAUUUACUGUUGAGUUAUUUGAAAAGUAGGCAUUGGAGGGCUUUGAGAGUGCAAAUGGUAGUUUAGGUAUGAUAUUACUUAACAUUAGAGUUAGAUGCCUAAUAAGUAAUCCUAUAUUGCACCAUAUGACUUACAGGUAUUGAGUCUUGCUCGUAUUGAUGAACACGUGUAGUGGACACAUCACAAAGCUGGGGUGGUUCAGUUGUUUUAUUGUUCUUUUCUUUCCUAUAUAUACAUACAUAGUUAUGGGACAGAAUUUGUUGAUAUUCAGAAGUAACUAUUGGUGUGGAGCUCAGACUGUGAAACUUUUGAAAACUGUGAUUGGGGAGAACAAAGUUGCAAUAUGGUUUAAUAGUCUUAAUUCAGUAUGUAAAAGACAGGUUUUCUUUUAUUAUCAUUUUGAGUGUUGUUCAUUCCUUGUCACUCUGAUGAGAUUGAGGUGAAAUGUUGUGAUAACAUGCAAUACAUAAAAGGUAAAGGCUAAUUAUUUUCACUGUUUGUAUGAUCUGUUUUCAGCUUCCUGUGUUUUUGUCUUGAGAGGAAUUUUUAUGGUGAUCUCUUUAUGCAUAUUUUUGUGUUUUGAAACAGUGUUCAGAUCUAAUAACCCACAUGUUUUAGCGGUUUGGCUGAAGUACACGUACCACAAGACUUUUGUGCUUUACGGUUUUUAUUUUUUCUGGAAUAAUGUUGACACUUUCAGAACACAUGGUUUAUACACUAAAUCUGAAAGUUUGCUACAGUGCAAAAACCAGUGGUUGGAAUAUGUUAUUCUGAGUCAGUUUCCUGAAUGGAUUAAGAUGCACCAUAGAGCUUAUCUCGAAUGGCAAGAUAUUCCUGUACAGGCUCCACAAGAAUUACUCUUUGCCUUUUAAAGGAUGCUUGCAAACACUACAAAAGUGCUAUUUUGAUUUCUAUAUAUAGGUAUUAUGUAUUUAUAUAUAUAUAUAUAUAUAUAUAUAUAUAUAUAUAUAUAUAUAUAUAUAUAUAUAUAUAUAUAUAUAUAUAUAUGCAUACAUACAUUGCAUGAAUUGAAGAUAAUUAUAAUUUAUCACUGCGAGAGUAGUUUUGACACAUUAAUUGCUUAAUAUGUUAAAGCACCUCUGAUAUAGCCAACUUUGGUGUUAACUGUAUUUUAGCUGCAUUCUUUCAAAGUAUAACUUCUGUUGACCAUUUAGCCAAUAAUGUGUUCAUGGUAGUAACUAUUGGACAAGUAGUUCUUUAAAAGGCUUUGUUUCAGUGGUGUGGUAAUCCAGUCUGUGAUUUUUCCUGUGCGGUUUGCAGCUACUGAGGUUGUUGGAGCCUAUAUUUGGCGGACUGAGCAGGCGCACUCUUUGACGGGGAUCAGACAAAGGGCAUGAGAUCCAUGACGGCGGGUGCAGGGUGGCCUUAGAGAGCAUAGCCUAGUGCUUGGUUAGGGAGACACCGGCUAGGAUAAUCUCAAGAGUUAGUGCGGACGGCUGGCGUUGGCAGAGGUGUUGCACAUGGUCCUGGGCUCACUUUAAUACACUUAUCGCCAGAUCCUUAAUAACUGUGUCGUGUGCUAUUGUAGAGGAGCUUUCGGUAUAGUCCAAUAUUUAAUCCGAGGAUGGUUGUAUUGUAGUGGCUUUAUUUUGUGUAUUUGUCUCUACUAUAUACUAUGUAGGUAUAAUUCAUUUUUCAUUAGACUGACUUCAUUAUGGGUAUUGACUGAUAAUGGCUCUCCAUAUCAUUUUGUGGCAUUUCAGCCUGUUUUGGCAUCUUACUGUAAGGGUCUAUUGAUUAGCUUUUGGUCCAAUGCAACUUCUAUUGUAUCCAAGGGAGUCAUAAAGCAGCAAGAAUAAUAUUUAAAAAAAUUCAUAUCAGCUAAAUUUAUGCAUUUCUUUUGUUACAGAGUUGGUACAUACAUUUAUUGAACAAAACCUAACCAUAUAAAAAAAAGAUAUCUGAAUAUUCUCCUUAAAUGCAUACAGCAAAGAUUUAAUUAUAUUGUGAUAGCUAUAAAUACUAUAAUGAAAUUUUAAGUAUGUACCUGAUAUGAAUGGUGCAUUCAACGUGUGUAGACUUGUGGGAUACAGUAACUUUUUGACUGGUCAGACUAAACGUGUUCAAGGGCACAAUUAUUUUUAGGGAAUGCCUUUCUUAAUGGUUGUGGGUGUUCCAAGGCUGUUGCUCACCUGGCAGUUAAUUUUAAACCUAGAUGCAAUAGAUUCUAGUAGGUGCAAGGAUUCUGCAGCGUAUAGCAACUACACACUUAGCUUAAGGUUGAUUUGCCGACGGGAUUGGCGAGAGCAGCGGAUUGAAGGAAGGUUUGGUCAGCGUGUCAUGCUGGGGGAGUGUUCUUAUCAGGUCCAUCAGACGUGCACAAAAUCCAUUCACCUUGAAAUGUGUCCCCAUCUGCUGGUUUAUGUUCAUCUCAGGUAGUGCAGUAAUCCUAAGAGUUUAUUUAUUGUUGUAAACAUUUAAUAAAGAGCCGUGCCAAACUGUUACUGAAAGGUUGAAGAGUUUAUUGUAAAUUUCAAGCUGUAGCUUCUCAAUCCUCGCUUCAAGAUGAGGGAAAUUAAUUUUCUCAGGGGGUGAAAGUGAUUCUGUGAUUAUUUCUUGUCUGACUAGAUCUUGUUUCUUGUAUAUUUUUUUGGUUCUUAACACUGCUAGUCACCAAAUUUGAUACGCAUGUUCUCCAGCAGUUGAAAGGUGUAUCUCAAAAAACAAAAAUAUCAGAAUAAAAUGGACGGACAAGUGUUGGUAGACUCACCUGCUGUGCCGUGGUGAGUGUUGCCGUGCCCCCCGGCCCAGUGGCUCAGUAGGGGAGCUUUUAGGCAUGCGGCCAGCGGUGAGGGUGGGGGUUUGGGUGUGUUGCUGACCUAUUGGGUGUUGAUGGUGGGAAAGAAGAAAGCUGGGACGUGAUUUUGCUCAUUAUCUGCUGUUUGCCGGAUUUGAAAUUUGUGUAUCAUCCAGGUGAAAUAUUAUUACUAAGGGUUUGUGUUUCCCUCUGCUCUUUGAGGGAACUCAGUGGUUAUGUACUUGCAAUUCUCACACACUCUUGUAUGGAAAGCUGAAGGGUUUGUCACCAACGAGUUUUAUCUGUGUUGCUAAGAUUAUUAUUGCCCCCAAUUCCUUGGGCUGAGCUGGGAAGGCUGAGUUGCAAGCUUCCCCUUCUUAUGCCAGUCUUACUCACUACAUGUUACACACACACACACGCACACACAUGCACACACACACACACACACACACACACACACACACACACACACACACACACACACACACACACACACACACACACACACACACACACACACACACACACACACACACACACACACACACACACACACACACACACACACACACUUAACCUACACUUACAUACUCCUCCCUGUUCCCGGUAGAAAGUGAUAGUCAUUAAACUUUACUACACUCCCCAUAUUGCAGUUGUGUUUUGAUGUGAGUGUUCUGUUUUGGAGAUGCUAAGAAGUUAUACAAGUGGUGGCUUAGUGUAGAUAACGAAUGGGGUGGGUCUUAUCAUGAGUGACUUUCGUUCGUCCCACGAAGAACAACAUUUCUGACGUUGAUUUACCGUUAUAAGUUUGUAUAUCUUUGGUACCAAGGGUUGUUUGGUUAUGUAAUCUGGUCAUUUUGGGUGUCUUAUGCAUGUAAAAUAAAGGGACAAUAUAAGGUGUAUGUAUGUAGUAAGCAGAGGUCAUUUUAAUUAGUGAAAUUUCAUAUGGAAGAGUCUUUUAAAUGCUUAUAGAAGGUAGUUUUAUUCUAUUAGCGUCAUUUCUGCUCAAGAUGCUUGGGAUGGUCUUUGAGCACUCAGUAUUCUACAGCCAAAAAUUGUUACUCAAACCAAAAGAAAUAAUCUAAAACACAGAGGGAUGUACUUAAGUUUGUACUUAAUGGAUAUCAAAACUUGAAUCAAACACACGUUUCCCAGCAUGGUUGAAUUGUGCUAAGUGCUACAGGGAACAGAACUUUGUUACUAAUACGUUACAGGUGCUGUAACGAAAGCUCACAUUUGAAUCUGUUGUACGUAUUCCUCAACUGUUUAGUACAAGACGGUGUAAAAUUUUAUGGUACGUAUUGUGUGAGGGCAAGUCAGGUGUGCUGUGUGCACCUGCGACUGUAAUGCUUGUCACCUUUGUCCCCAUGUUGACGGAGUGGUAAGUGUUAGUACACCCAGGAAUUAGUUCCUAUGCAAAAAAUUACCAUAGCCGAGAUUGUUACAUACUAGGUACGUAAUACAUGCCCACUGUGUUUGGUAUUUAUUGUUACUGUGAUUCCUGUCCUGACUGUUACCAGCCGUCGUGCACCCCAGGAGGAGCGCCGUGGAGCUCUCUGGCAGCGUCCGCUGUUGUGUGUCGUUCAAUAGUCAAUUCUGUACACAGUUAUGUGAUCCAUCUUGUGUAGGUAAUCACUGUAAUUGAUCAUGUACAAAUAAGUUUAAUUGUAGUAUUUCUGCCAUCUUGGAAGGUUUGCGGUGUAGUCUGGUUGACGAGAACAACACUCCAGAUUGAUUUGUUCAUUUUUAACCUUUUUAAUUUGCAGACACUGGAUACAGUCAGUGUAUAAUUAGGUAUUAAGUACCAAAUUGCUAUUUUUUCAAAAACUUAUCAACUUUCCUAAAAGAUUACAUACUUACAUACUGCUGCACGGUGUGUGUGUGCGGGUCUGGAGUUGUGUUCUUUAUCAAGGGGCAAGAAUAUGCCUUUAUCCUAUCUGGUAUCCCAGUAAAAUUAUUUAUAAUGAACUCAAGAGCGUGUGAAGGACAGUGUGAGUCUGGCGUGAAGACUUUAUGCCCUUUGGGUCCCCUGGAGGAGUGGCCUUUGCUGAGCUGAGCGAAAUAAAACCAGUGUAGCAAUCAA